GUGGAACCUCACUUCUUGUGGAACAAGUGUCGCCAGCUCAGAAUGUAGCGAGGAGCUGUUUUCAUCAGUUUCUGUUGGAGAUCAAGAUGAUUGCUAUUCCCUGUUAGAUGAUCAAGACUUCACUUCUUUCGACCUAUUCCCCGAGGGAAGUGUCUGCAGCGAUGUCUCCUCUUCUAUCAGCACUUACUGGGAUUGGUCAGAUAGUGAAUUUGAGUGGCAGUUACCAGGCAGUGACAUUGCCAGUGGAAGUGAUGUACUUUCUGAUGUCAUACCCAGUAUUCCAAGUUCACCUUGCCUGCUGCCUAAAAAGAAAAACAAGCACCGGAAUCUAGAUGAACUUGCUUGGAGUGCGAUGACAAAUGAUGAGCAGGUGGAAUACAUUGAGUAUCUGAGCCGUAAAGUCAGUACUGAGAUGGGUCUUCGGGAGCAACUUGAUAUUAUUAAAAUCAUUGAUCCUUCUGCGCAGAUCUCCCCUACUGACAGUGAGUUCAUUAUUGAACUUAACUGUCUCACAGAUGAAAAACUAAAGCAGGUCAGAAACUAUAUCAAGGAGCAUAGCCCUCGUCAGCGGCCUACAAGGGAGGCCUGGAAGAGAAGCAACUUUAGCUGUGCAAGCACCAGUGGAGUGAGCGGUGCCAGUGCCAGCGCCAGCAGCAGCAGUGCCAGCAUGGUCAGUUCUGCAAGCAGCAGUGGGUCCAGUGUUGGAAACUCUGCUUCAAACUCCAGUGCCAACAUGAGUCGAGCACACAGUGACAGCAACCUGUCUGCAAGUGCAGCAGAGCGGAUUCGGGAUUCAAAAAAGCGAUCCAAGCAGCGAAAGUUACAGCAGAAGGCCUUCCGAAAGAGGCAGCUGAAGGAGCAGAGGCAGGCCCGGAAGGAGAGGCUCAGUGGGCUCUUCCUUAAUGAAGAGGUGCUGUCAUUGAAAGUGACUGAGGAAGACCAUGAAGCAGAUGUUGAUGUUUUAAUGUAAUAGGGUGGAUUUAUCGGCAUCCUUUCUAAGCAUUAUUCUGUCCUCAUUGGUUUACAUGCAUCUUGACCAAAAGUUUGGUUAGGGCUGUGCUGAUGUACCUACCAUUCAUAAUUUAGGCCAGUGGUUCUCAGACAUAGUUCUAGUACCUGAAGCUUCAGCAUCACCUGAAAAGAUGUUAUAAUUGCAUUUGAGCCCCUUUGCAGACCCACAGGCAAUAUGGAUUUGGGGCAGCACUGUGUUUUAACCAACGCCAGGUUAUUCUCAUGCAUAUUCUGAUUUAAGAACCACUGGUAAAUGUCUUAACUAUUUUAACUUUAUGAUGAUUAACUGAGCUUUUCAAAGACUAGUACAUAUACAAUUGGGGGGAUUUCAAACUACUAAUGACAAGUAGUUUAUUUUAUCACUAUAUGCGUAGGGUCUGUAAUUCAGUUCCCUUCUUAAUGAUAAGAUUUCUUAGUUUACUUUUUCAAAAGGGCCAAUUAUUAGUAGCUAGGGGCAAAUCUUUUUUGAGGUGAGGGUGCACAUAAGGUAUGCAUUGCUGUUUACAAUAGUGCCUUCAUUAGGUUUAGUUCCGUUUUCAUUAAGUAUUAAUGCAAAGGUAUAAGAAAAGGCCCUAAUCUUUUCAAAUUAGAUGUGUUUUUUUUUCUUUCUAUACUUUCUGUCAAGUGAGAAUCAUUUCUGGAAGUAAUAACUACUGAAAAAAUAAUGCUACACUAGCAAAAUUUUAGACUUAGUGCUGUGCUGAUGAUUAAUUUUCAAAUGGAGAUUCCAACUAAGCAUUGGUACCAAUCAAACUUACCCAUUGCAUCCUUACAUGUUAGGCUGUCAGAUAAUCUCCAGGCUAGAUAAUUUAUCUGUUUCUCUCUAUCAAAAAAACUUUCAAUGCAGCACAUCUUCAAUUUUAUAUAUUUGGUUUAACAGCUUAUAGGCAUGGGAACAGGUUCAUGUUCCAAAUUAAGUGACAGAGACUGCUUAGCGUUCUACCAAACUUCAGAAACUGCUUUGAGUAAACAAAGCAGUGGAGUAUAGAAAACACCUUUGUGGGUUCCCAAUAGGACUUGAAGUCUAAAUAUGAAAUCAUGGAGUUUCCUGAAUGUUUUCGAAGAAUUCAUUAUCAUGAACUUAGAAAUAGUCUGAUUCCUUUUCUUCUAUAUGUCUUUGAGCAUUCACAUGAGCUUGAGAAAACAGAAACUGGGACUACUGACAAUCAACUUGCUUUCUGACUUUCAUUUUAUCAUAGCAUUUAGAAGGCAAACUGAUUGUGUAAUCAAUAUUUUGGAAAGACUAUGGAGUUCAGAGGUUAAUAGGUUUUCAACAGUAUUUAACUUUAGUUCUUCAAAAAGAUUAGCAACUUAAUUUCCUUCACGCUCAGUUGGUAUAAAGGCUUAAAUUUUACUAAAUUAAAAGUGAAAAUUUAAUCCUGAUAUGAUGGUACAUGCCAUUAAUCCUAGUAUUCAGGAAGCUGAGGUGGGGAUUGUAAGUUCAAAGCUAGCUUGGGCUACAUAGUGCUACUAAUAUUUUGUAUACAUUGAAAAUUUUUAUUUUAUUUUGCUUCUUUGAAGGCUAAAGAAUUGAAACUGAGAGUAAAAAUUAGCAACUUGCAGCGUUGCUGAGGUCUGUGGUCUGGCUGUAACUUUUGAAUGCCUACUAAGGUCAGAAUUUAAAAUGCUACUAAAGUAAAAGCAUGACGAAGUGUGCUUUCAGUUCAAGUAGUAUUUCUGAUUUUCCUCCUACCUCCUUUGGUACUCCAGUCUGGUUUAGAGGGACCAAAGAGAUCCCGAGGUCAGACCCCAGAAUACUUGAUGAAAGGUAUACUUUUGUUUUCCCUUCCAAACACAGAAAUAGAACAAGGAAGAGAAGCAAAUACAUCAAAACUCUCUGCCUUCUCUAAGCGAUAGCAAAAUCCCACAGAGGAACUAUCCGCAUGCUCUUCCUGUUCUCCAAGGAAUAUGGGUAGCAUUGAGAUACAGAGCAACGUUUUUUUUCUGUCACACAAUUUGUUGAUGCUCUGUAGAAGAAAAUCCAAAACUAGUUCAGGAUAUAAUUUAAGACCAAUUCCUCUAUGCUUCCCCAAAUUAUGUAGUCUUCUUAACUUAGAUUUAACUGAAGUCACUAUUGAAUAAGUUUACCAAAGUGCCAUUGGCAGAUUUUUAAUGUCUAUAAAGAUUUGAGUAUUUAUAGAGAUGUGUCCUGAAAUUUUAUGUAAGUACAGAUUCAUUCUGUACCUUAGAACCAGAAUAUAAAGUUUAUUUGGAGGAGAUCAAAAAUACUACUUUGAUUUAAAAGAAAAAAAUGGAACUACUGGACUUGUUUAUGAUCUAAGAGAUAGAGAUUAAAAUCUCUAUCCCUCCAAAAAUAGAAACAACAACAAAAAGGCAAAAGUCUCUUCUGUCUUUGUUAAUGUGCUGUGAUCUGUUAUCUGUUAGGAUGUUAUGUAGAUAAUUUCAGAGAGAAUUGUUGAAAUAGAUGGUAAUUUAUUAAAUCUCGUAUCUCUGUGAGGCAUAUUAAAAACAAACUCAAGUCAGUUACCUUUUUUCCUUUUCACUGGAAAGCCUACUUAAUCAGUCAAUUUAAAGGAAAACCAGGGACAUGCAAAUCAAAACUGUUAAGAUUCUAUCUUAUUCCAGUCACAAUGGCUAGCAUCAAGGAAACCAAAAGCAAAUAUUGUUAAGAAUAGGGGGUGGGAAGGAAUCUGUAUAUACUGCUGCUAAUAAUAUAAACUGAGUGUACCAGUAUAAAUCAGUAUGCAAGUUUUUUUUAUAAAACUAGAAGUGGAACUAAUUGUCAUCCAGCUACCCAGAUACCUGGGUAUAUUCUCAAAAUAAGUGAACUCAGUAUAUGACAGGAAUACUUGUAUUUCCAUGUUUAUCACAGUAGUGUUUCCAAUAGCAGAUGAAUAAAGAAAAUGUGACAUAUGCACAGAAUAUAGUUGUAUUCAGCCAUAAAGAAGACUGGAAUUAUGUCAUCUGCAAGAAAAUGGAUGGAACUAGAUAGAGAUCAUCAUGCUAAACAAAGCAAACCAGACUC